CCCUCGCUCUGUGUAUGUGUGUGAUGUCUGGGGCUGAGAGUGGCUUUUAAAGAUGGCCGGAACGGUUCCCGUCUACUGUGUCUGCCGGCAGCCUUACGACGUGAGCCGGUUUAUGAUCGAAUGCGAUAUCUGCAAGGACUGGUUCCAUAGCAGUUGUGUGAAAGUCGAGGAGCACGAGGCGGCUGAUAUAGACCUUUAUCAUUGUCCCAACUGUGAAGCCCUUCACGGACCCUCUCAAUUGAAGCAAAGGCGGAACUGGCACAGGCACGAUUACACAGAACCUGAUGAUGGCUCCAAACCUGUCCAAGCAGGAACAAGAAGCUUUGUUCAGCAGCUGCGUGCUCGAACCUUCCCAAGUGCGGAUGAGUUGAUUCUGAAGAUGUGCGGAAGCCAGCUGACGCAGAGAUACCUGGAGAAACACAGCUUCAGCCUCCCAAUCAUGGUGCCAAGACUGGAUGACCUGGGUCUCAGAUUGCCUCCCCCAACCUUCUCAGUUAUGGAUGUGGAGCGCUAUGUCGGUGGGGACAAGAUAAUUGAUGUCAUCGAUGUGGCCAGGCAGGCAGACAGCAAAAUGAAGCUCCGCAAUUUUGUGAAAUAUUUCAUGAAUCCCGACCGGCCAAAAGUAUUAAAUGUCAUCAGCCUGGAGUUCUCCGAUACCAAGAUGGCAGAAUUAGUCAAGGUACCCGACAUCAGCAAAAAGCUGUCAUGGGUGGAGAAUUACUGGCCGGAUGAUUCCUUCUUCACAAAGCCCUUUGUUCAAAAGUAUUGUCUGAUGGGAGUUGAGGACAGUUACACAGACUUUCACAUAGAUUUUGGUGGCACUUCUGUCUGGUAUCAUGUCCUUUGGGGGGAAAAGAUUUUCUACUUGAUUAAGCCCACUGAUGAAAACUUGGCACUGUAUGAAUCAUGGAGCUCUUCCGUUACCCAAAGCGAGGAGUUUUUUGGGGACAAAGUGGACAAAUGUUACAAGUGUGUUGUAAAGCAGGGACACACUCUUUUUGUCCCAACAGGCUGGAUCCACGCUGUCCUCACGUCUCAGGAUUGCAUGGCCUUUGGUGGGAACUUUUUGCACAACCUUAACAUUGGCAUGCAGCUCAGGUGUUAUGAGAUGGAAAAAAGGUUAAAGACCCCCGACCUCUUCAAAUUCCCUUUUUUUGAGGCUAUUUGUUGGUUUGUGGCCAAAAACCUCCUGGAAAGCUUGAAAGAACUAAGAGAAGAUGGAUUCCAUCCUCCAAACUACUUGAAGCAAGGCGUAAAGGCACUAAUUACAGCUCUGAAAAGCUGGAUGAAAAAGGAGGUGGUUACAGAACACGCUUUUGAAAUCCCAGACAACAUCAGACCUGGGCAUCUCAUUAAAGAGCUAUCUAAAGUGAUUCGCACAGUAGAGGAAGAGGGCAGCAAGCCGGUCAAGUCUCAGGGAAUCCAUGGCCUUUGCCCACUCUCCCAGUCUUCUCAAGAGACAUUGUCCCAUCAUUCCAGAAGGAAAGCAAGACGCCUGAGGGACCAUUCCAAUAAAACCCCAUCAAACCUUGAUAUUCUUGAACACCACACAAGAGAGGUCCUGAAAAGGUUGGAAAUGUCUCCGUGGGAAGAGGAUGUGGAUAGCACUAAACUGACCAGGAGAUUCAAUAAGCCACUUCAGCCGACUCUUACUGUGCCUGAAAGAAACACAAAGGACAAUGACAUCCGCCUGGUGCUUUCCAAUGGUCGCAUUAUUAGAGAUGAGAGGCAGCCGUUCACUGACCGGAGUCUCUACACUGCGGAUAGUGAAGACGAAGAUGACCGGGGAAGGUCAAAAAAGACCAAGGACAUAAAAGUGGAGAAGCCGUGUUCCAGUUCAGAAGCUGAUGACAAAGCUGAAGUCCAGAAACCACUUAACUUAUUUUUUGAAAGUGUCAAAUCUGAGCUCAGGAAUGGGUCCUUGGGUUAUUCUGAUAUCUCCGAUUCUGAGGGGUCCGAAGUCAGUUGCACUAACCAGCAGAAAGACUCCUCGGAGGAUUCAGAAAGCUCAGGGGAUGAAGACCAGCAGGAUGUUUUCCCUAAUUUUGAGGACUCCGUAAAGGAAGAAACAUCUGAUGAAGACCAGUAUGCUGAAGUUACUCCAUGCAAAAGUGAAUUUCCUACCUCGGCCAGCAUGGAGGCAGAUGCUGUUCAGGGCAUGCUAUCCAUGGCAGGAUUGCACUAUUCCACAUGUUUACCCACAGAGGCAAAGAGCACAGCUUGCACGAGGGACUAUCCCCAGCUGCACAUCAAAGUCUCACGGGGAGGCAGCAAGGAGGUGGAAUCUUACAGCCUGACAGAAGUGAACAAUGGUCACCAUCACAGAGACGAAGCUGGAUGGAUCCGACAGCUGGACACCUCUUGCCGGCUGAGCCCUCAAGAUCCCUAUAAACUUCCACAUGCUUCACAGAGAGAUCUCUCUUCUGAGGUGUCUGAGAAGCCAAAGAAGAACAAACGUUUCUCAGAAAGUUGGGACUCCAUAAGAUAUCAGCCAGAGAAGUAUGACCAAGAGUCCAGUCUGAGCCCCACGGAGUGUCACCUUAGUGAUGGCAGCUUGAGUCCUGACAGGAUAUAUGGAGAGACCUCACCAAAUGUGCCCCUACACCCUACAAAAAGACCUGCCUCCAACCCACCUCCCAUCAGUAACCAGGCAACUAAAGGUAAACGGCCAAAGAAAGGCAUGGCGACAGCCAAGCAACGCCUUGGAAAAAUCUUGAAGCUCAACAGACACGGCCAUGCGCGCUUCUUUGUUUGAUGUGGUGUUCUUGUCAUCCUUCCAGCAGAUAACAGUAUUGAAGGAAGCAGAAGCCUGGAGCUCCUGUUCUUCCGCUUGUUAGGGUGGACUUGUAUGUCCGACACCAAGCACUGCCUGACGAACAAAGAUUUCUGCGCUUUCACUGUGCCACACCAACUCAGCAAUAACCGGAGGAGAAAUGUGGAGCCAGAACUCAAGGACUCUUAAGUUUGGGAGAAAGCCUCUUGGGACUCAAAUAGGAUUUGGUUCCUUUUUUUUAUCUUUUAUUUCCUUUUUUAUGUUUUUGUUUUGCGCAGCUGGGAAAGGGGGUAAGCAAGGGGCAUGGGUGCUUGAAUGGUAUCCAAUAAUUUAUUUCAGACAGAUUUCUAAAUGAAUUUUUUUUCAGAAUUUUUUUUUCUUUUUUUAAAAUAAUUAUUUAUUUUUAAGACUUUUUUGGACAUUCUUCUUAAUUUUAGAUUUUAAGUAAUGUGAAGAUUAUAUUUGUGUAUUUUUGUUGUUUUUUUCCUUUGUCUCUGAUAUUUGUGUGGUGCAAGGGAGAACCAGCGGAAAAAAGGGGAGUUUACUGGUUUCCUUAACUUGAUAUUCAGGUUGUAGUCUUAAACAGGGAUUUGACACAUUUUGUUUAAUUAUUUUUAAAUUAAGACAUUAAUAUGAAAUCCAUAUUUUAUUUUUUGUUGCUGUUUUUGAUCAGCUUUUCAAUUAUUUUUUUUAUAUAAGCUGUCGGCUCGUUUUAAGUCAACACUGUAUUAUAUUUUUGGGUGGAAGAUGAUCUUUUAAGAAGACAUCCAAUGCUUUUCAUAACAGAAACAAGGGCUAAGCUAUUUUGCCAUGAUCAUUUUAUUUUAUUUUUUUAAAUUUUAACAGUAAGCAUCAAUUUUUCACGUUUUUAUUGGUACAUUUUAGGAUCCCCUUGAUGAUGGAGUUAAAAAAGGUGCUAGAUUAAAUUUGCACCAAGUUUCUCUGAAGGAAUGAGGGCCGAGUGUACUCUUAUGAUGUCAGACAUUACUUCCAGCCAUUUGUUGAAGGGGAAAGUGUUAUUCUACAUUUGAUAACUUCAUCAUAUGAACGAGAAUGUUAAUUCACAAUUAAAACAACAUUUUGAACUUAUAUGCAAAGGUGCAAAACAAUAUAAUUUUUAAGGCUUUUCCUUUUUAUAAUUCUGAAUAUUUUUUUUUUCUUCUUUACAAAGCUUUAACUGAAUGAUAGGCAUUUGUUUAAAUAAGCAGCCUUUCAAAAAAAAAAAAAAAAUACCACAAGGAUCUCAGGGUAAUGAAUUUGGAAGAUGGCAGAAAGGUGCCAAUUUACAUGGGCUUUUACUUAUGAAAACCUGCAAUCAUACUGCCACAACUUGUAUCACUUUCACCUACAACUUUGCAUAUAAUCGUUCCAGCAUUGGCUCAUUGAAGGAGACAGACGACUGCUGUGUUCUGAGCCUUUAAAAAAGAAAAAAGAAACAGAACACUUUAAUUAUUUCUCUUGUUUUUGUGUUUUAUUUGUAUGUGUACACAUUUAUUCAAUCACAUCUCUGUGCCAGUCUUGCAAACACAUGCCAGUCUUGAUUCUCUUGUAUAUAAUGCUGAUUCUAGAUUUUGUAUUUUCUGUAAUAUAAAAUUAAAUAUUUAACACCCUCCCUUCCCUUUUA